AUGAGCUCACUCCCAGAUUCGCCUAUCAAUGAUCCGGCGGGCACUUUACUAAAUGCGGAUGCCGUUUAUGUAGCUUCGAUUGCAGCUCUGGCCCUCAACUACCGCCUGCUGGAGGCCGAUUUUUACUCCCGUAGUUCGGGUCAAUUGGCUGGACGCGUCAUGAGAGAGGAGCAGUUCCUUAACUCUCUGCUGAAUGCUGGACUGUUGUUAUAUGUCUCGGAAGCGUGGGUAUCUCAGGUAUACAGAGGAAUCUGCAAACAAGACAUUCUGAGCAUUGGAGGAUUCGUACUCGGAGGCUUUGAUGAUCUGUCAAGCAACCAACGUGGUGCAUGUCUCGUCAAGUUCCUCAAUGACUAUGACGGAAUUAAUUGGCAGUCCGAAGUACGUUUGAAAUCCUCUAUCGUUUCUUAA